AUGUCGGAUCGCAGUCCUUCCACCUCCUUUCGAGCCGGACCUCCUUCGCCCCCAUCCCCCGCUGCCGGGUCUCUGAAAAAGAGCCACCCGCUCCUCAUUGCCUCGGAUCACAUCCCUCAGACCCCGACGUCUCCUCCGUUGAUGUCGGUCAGCGAUCCAAGCCAUGUCUCCAAUUUCACCUCUUCGCAGACAUCACCGAAUCAGGCGACGGCUCAACCUCCGAACCCAUCCUCCCCUCCUUCCUCCACACCCAUGUCUACCCAGCUCUCCCAGCAACCGAACAUGAGUGCGACCAAUUCAUUUCCUACUCCUGCCAGUAGCGUCAGCGGUCACAAUAUGAAUGCGACGUCAGUGGAGGAGUUGGAUCCCACCAAACAAUCCUUCAGUGCAGGAAAACAGGACUCGAGAGGGAACGUCGGCGCAAUGUCCGACCAGCAAAGAGCAGAUCACAGGCACACCGAUCACGACCGACAGUCCCAACCCACGAAUCCAGACAUCGGAGUCCGCGAUUUUGCCGCCGGGGCCGGUCAGGACACGACCGAUGCAGACGCCAUGGAUGUGGACAGGCAGCCUACUACUCGCCAGUUUGAGCCCAGCAACCUUGGCUUAGAUUCUCUUGAGAACGACUUCACAUCGGCCUUCCAUCUCUGCAAAAGCUCGCCUGUUGCGACUGGUCCAGAUCCGUCGUUCGAUCUCAUCUCCCUCUAUGGUCUCGGUCCGGCUGCGCAUUCGGUAGCACGGAUAGACCCCGUGACAGGCGAGAAGAUCAACCGGCUGAGGAAGUCUUACGAAGGAAAGUUGAAGGGGCUGGGACUUGCGGGGCGGAAUAAGCCAGUGAAGCAAGAACCCGGGGCUCCUGGUAGUUUGCGGCAUAUGACCCUGUGGCCCGAGGAAGAAUGGCAGAACCAGAAGGUGUUUGGGAAGACCAUUAAAGUCGCAGAUAUGGAUUCUGCGUUGCUGGGUCUCCAGACUCGGGCAAUGCAGAUGGAACCUGGGAUAGUCCCGAACAACGAUUUCUGGGAGGACGUGCUGGGACACGAAAAACCGACCAAGCACCAAGGACCAAGCGAUACCGGCAAGAAGACUGCUCCCGCCACAGGUGCCCGCUCCUCUGGCCAGCCGACUGUACCAUCGGUAUCAGUGCAAGAAGAUGAACGAGCACGGCCUAGUCGGGGUCGCAAGAGACACUACGACGACAACAGCUUUGUUGGCUAUGGCGAAGGAUACGCAGAUGACGACGAUGACACCGGCUUCUAUUCGAGUGGCGAGGGCACUGGGAAGAAGAAACGGAAGAAGGACCACGUCGCCAAAGUGUCGACCCCUAUGUCCGAACGAGGCGGCAGCUACGGGGUAGGCAUGUUUGGGAUUGGGGCCAGAUGA